GGGGGCGGUGGCGGUGGUGGCGGCAGUGGCUCCAAGUGGGUCCGGCUGAACGUGGGCGGCACCUACUUCGUGAGUACUCGCCAGACGCUGUGCCGGGAGCCCAAGUCCUUCCUUUGUCGCCUCUGUUGCCAGGAGGGGCCCGAACUGGGUUCGGACAAGGAUGAAACAGGAGCAUAUCUCAUUGAUAGGGAUCCCACAUACUUUGGCCCAAUCCUGAACUACCUCCGUCAUGGAAAACUCAUAAUAAACAAGGAAUUGGCAGAAGAAGGUGUGCUGGAAGAAGCUGAGUUCUACAACAUUGCAUCCCUAGUACGGCUGGUGAAAGAGCGAAUACGGGACAAUGAAAGCAGAACUUCUCAAGGACCUGUCAAGCAUGUAUACAGAGUCCUGCAGUGCCAAGAGGAAGAGCUCACGCAGAUGGUGUCCACUAUGUCUGAUGGAUGGAAAUUUGAACAGCUAAUCAGUAUUGGGUCUUCCUAUAACUAUGGAAAUGAAGACCAAGCAGAAUUUCUCUGUGUUGUGUCCAGAGAGCUUAAUAACUCUACCAAUGGCAUUGUCAUAGAGCCUAGUGAGAAAGCAAAGAUUCUUCAGGAGCGAGGAUCACGGAUGUAACCUAAGUAUCUAAUAGAGCUCCCAGAUAUCAAAAGGGCAAUCUAGCUGGGCAGAGCAUUUCUCCCGCAGUCUGACCUUGCUUUUGUACAGUAAUCAAACUAACACAAAGCAAAGCUGAGCCUGUUCUGCCAAUGGAGAAUCAAUCCUGGUAAAAAACCAAAGGCUCAUCCCACCCAGGUUCCAGUAAGCAAAAGAGGAAAGAAGAGAAUCUUCCAGCCGGAUAGCCCAUUGGCCCCACUAAUCAUUCUUUCCCUCCUCCCCCCUCCCCCCCCGGUCUUGGUACUUGUUGGAUUUCUACCUUUUUCUUUUCUUUUUCUUGACUUUAUUGGGGAGGCUCUCAUUAGAACCAUUUUUCUGGGAGCUGCUUAGGUUCCUGGGCUCUUUAACUGAUCCCAGGAUCACUGGUCUGAACUGUUGACCAAGAUUUGUUAAGCAGUGCGAUGUCUAAAACUCAUUAGGAAAUCUGUCCCAGUUCUCAUAUCUGAUGAAAAUGGAUUUGGAAGUGAAUUUCUAAACCAAGGACAUUCCCUUCUAUUUCCUAAACCCUUUCUGUUGUUGUUUUGGAUUUUGUUUUACUGGCUAAGAUACCUAUUAGACAGGGAACAGUGUUUCGGGGGUGCGGUGGGGGAAUUAUGCACACUUGGGGCCUUGGCUGAAGGGUUUUUCUUCUGAUAACACUAAAACUAUAAGCUCAAGAUAUCUCUUAACAUUGUGGUCUGGUCAUUCUUCAUGCAUCUUUUAACAUGUAUGAUUAUCCCUAAGUUUCAGAUUCAAUUGUACUGUCUCUUAUUCUCAAAGGAGGGUGGCAAUGGGCCUCAACUCCCAUUUCUUCUACCAGAAUCUCCCCUUGGCUUACUUCAAAGUAGUUCUUUGAUCUGGAAGAUUUGUUCCUGCCAAGUUCAGCUUUGCCUUGUCUUCAGCAGCAUGAAAAGAAUUCCCUUAUUCUCUUGCUGUCCUGCAUUAAGACAGGUUUUCUUUUGUAUUCCAGUUAAUUUGGUAGGCUUUAACAACUUUUAUCCAAUACAUUCAGGGACAGAGGGUCUCUUAUCUACACAUGGUCAUUCUGUGCUUGCAAUCCUCCACCCUCCUUUAUUGUUUCACCUUACCCAAAAUAAUUAAGGGUCAUAGCACAGGUGGGGGAGGGGGGUGGGGAAGGGAAGGGUGGUGAUGGAAGUUGCCAAACUGUUGUGAUGUUUCUUGUCCAAAAGUAGUGUGUGAAGUUAUGUGAUUUUUUUCCCCCUUUGGAAUGCCUUGAAUGGACGUGAAAUGUUGUGCCUCUCUUGAAUUCUAAUCUUAGCCAAAUGGGACUCGCUGAUCUUGUCAGUGAAUUUGUGCCAUCCCUAAUUGGUGAAAUGUCCCCUCCUAGUUGUUGGUAAAUGGCAUCCUUUAAGCAUUUGGUGCAUGAUACCUCCCUUACACAUUCUGGGUUUGUUUCUUGUUAGUCAUGUAUGGCUUGGGGGCCUCUGCGUUUAAGCCCCAAACAUACUGCACCAAAGUUUCAGAGAAACUGAAAUGCUUUGGUUUCCCCCAAGCAAUAAUCGUAGCUCCCAUAUUAGCCUGUGGUCACAGGAGGAUCCCUUAUAUCCAUACUGGUAUGCUUGGGAUUUCCCAUUAAGGAAUCGUACUCUGCCUUUUUCAUGUUCAAUGGUGUGGGGUGAUGAGGCUUCCCAUUCUAUUUCUUCUUCGUCAUCAAUAGGGGUGAGGGCAUGGACGGGCAAUGACAAUAAGUGAAGCGUUACCAAGGGCCUGAAAUACCUUAUCAUGGAUAAAGCAAAGGAGUUUAUCCGAAGUUUGACACCAGAUUCCCCUCUGCCCCACAUCCUCCAUUACUCAUCCCUGUUUCUGUGCAUAUAUUACUGAGCUUCCCUGCCAGUUCUGCCAACAUACCUCCAGUGAAGUUUUUGUGGGUUAGGUCUUGAAUAAUGUUGUACUAGCUCAGUCUUUGUUAACAACAGACUGUACCAAAGGUCUCGAGGUCAGUUACUGGCUGCUGAAACUCAACUGGCUCCAUACUGUGUUGAAUUCAACCCCCUUUCUUGUCCUCCUCCUACACCCUUUCUGUUUUUAUUGUGUUGGUAUGGGCAUGGUCAGACUGUAUGUCUUGGCUGGAGUUAACUAACACUGUGAUGUGUACAUAAAUCUCUGAGUAUCUUGUACUUUCAGCCAUUGUCAGUGUAUGUCCACAACUGAGACAUAACCAGGUGUGUAUGUGUACUGUGAGGAAGUAUAAGAACUGCAGAAGUAUAGCAUUCAGGGGCACCCUCAUUUCUCCUUGGGGAGGAAGAGAAGGGUGAGUUGUGGUGAUGUGAACUGGCUGGAAGAGAAAACAGGCUGAUAAUGCCAAGAAUAGCUGCCAUUUCCAACAUGGCCUAACCCAACUCAUUCCCAACCUUUCUGGGCACGUAGCAGUGUUAGGUUUGCUUGGAAGGAGACCUUACUGUGUAGCUUUAGUUAACCAAAACAAAUACCUCAUUGCUUUAUUUUAUGGUCACCAAAAACACCACGCAUGGGGAAGCCCCAUUAGAGGAGUGCCUGAUGUCAGGAUAAGAGACUGGAUAAAAACGAUUUAUUCUCUUGCCUGUAUUGUGCCAUUGGGAAAAGCUCCAGUUAAAUCUUGGAGAAUCAGGGUGUGAAAUGAACUGCAACUGGCAGGAUUGGGGGCUGUUCUAUUAUAGCAAAGCUGGAACUAACCUCUGAGAAAAAUCAGUGUUACUGCCUGAUAAAAGUGGGGCAGUCUUCAUAUCUACUCCACUUGUUGCUGACGACUAGAGAGAGGUUUUCAGUGGAUUUAGUCCUUCACUGGAACACAAUUGCCUUCACCUUCCCUUCCCUUAUUCUCAACUGAAGUGUUAAGCUUGUUGAGAUCCUCUUUGGAUUGGUGAGCUGUGUAGCUGGAGAUAGAAACAGUAUUAGGGUUUGGAAAAGCUGUGUGCUUUCCUAGUAUAAGGGCUUGAAAUCUAGCUAUAGUCAGACACCAUUCCAGCUCAUCUCCCUGUGAUAUUCUUUCCCCACCAUGACCGAUCACCUUCAGGCUCUGUUAAUAUCAAGAACUGGCUUCCAUGUUCUGCACCAGUUGUAUCUCUGCCUUUUAUAACAACAGGGCUUUUCCUUCCAUUUGCCUUGACUUGGUCAAAAUUUUCUCUCCUUUAUUAAAGCAGGAGGAAAAAUCUGUUUCCUCUGUAGAAGACAGUCUAUAGAAAGAGAAGCGAAUGGCAAGAUGGGUAUUCAUCUGAAUGAUUUGCAUCUCUUGAGGUUUUCUUUAACUUCUUAGCUAGCCCCUGGGGACCACUUGCUGGUCCAACGUCCCAGUGGCCAAUUGUUCCGUUAAAACAAGGUUGUAAUCUUCUCUUAAAAGUGUCUUUGUUUCUGCACAUUUUAAAUCAAUUUUUCUCAGGGGUGACUGAGUGGUCCGAGGGGAGGGGGUUACCCACAAAGGGGUGGGGCAGCUCCUCGGACCUCCGCAGCUGGGCCGUGGGCGCCUCACCCUCAGGUUUUGCCUGCAAACCUAGAGGUUUUGUACAGUUUGUCAUAUGUCAGUGCCCUUUGCUACUGUUUCUCUUUGUUUAUUAAAUGUGUUUGAAUAAUAAUGGAGAUGCUGUGAUUUUUUUUUCCAAUAAAGAUUCUGACAUGACUUGA